UUAAACUUAAACUCAUGCUUCUCAUAGACUGACAUAGACUGAUACAAUACUGAUGAAUACACAUUUGAGAUUCUACAUAGACCUAGUGAAUAAUAAAUAAUAGGCUACAAAAUAAUCUUCUACUAACAGAAAAAUAUACCGUAGGCCAUAGGCAUAGAAAUAGAAGCAUAGAAGAAGAUUAGAAUCUAGCUAGACUGCUAGAUACUAAUUACUAGAUACAGAUUCUAGAACCACAGACAGACUCACAGAUGAGAUGAAGCUUUGAUGACUUAGCAACUGCUUCAAUUUGAAGAUGGGUUUUAACAUUACCAGCAAAAUUAGAUGUAAGCCUCCAUGGAGGAUUCUGUUUUUUGGCACUGAUGAAUUUUCUUUAGGAACACUUGAAGCUUUAAAUGAAAAUAUGAGACUCAAGGGUGAUCAAAGUGUUGUUGAAUAUUUGCAUAUAGUGCACCCUAAUAUAAAAAAGCCUACCCCAAUAACUAAAUAUGCUGCUAUGUGGGACCUUAUGGGAUAUGAAUGGCCCAUGAACAAGUUUAACAAAAACUUAUAUGAUGUGGCUGUGCUAGCUUCAUUUGGUCACCUUAUUCCAUCUAAAAUUCUUCAAGCAUUUCCGUACGGCAUUUUGAAUGUCCAUCCAAGCCUACUUCCACGAUGGAGGGGGGCAGCUCCACUACAUCACACAAUUCUUAAUGGAGACAACAAAACUGGAAUCAGUAUUAUGUCCCUUGAGCCCAAAAAAUUUGAUGUUGGUCCAUUAUUAAUGCAAAGAGAAUUUGAUGUUCCUUCAAGAUGUACAACACAUAGGUUAAGAGACCUACUUGCACCUAUUGGAGGGAAAAUGAUACUAGAGACAUUGUCUCAACUACCAGAGUAUUUCAACUCUAGGCAGCCCCAGGCAGAGGCGAAUAUUACAUAUGCACACAAAGUAACAUUAAAUAUGUCAUUCAUUGAUUGGCACAAUCAAAGUGUGGACAGCAUUGAUCAACAGUACAGGGCCAUACAUGACACUACAGAAUUACGGACUGAUUGGUUGGGUAUGACUGUUCGUUUAAUUGACAUGGUGUCUCCAUAUAUACAACCAGCUAUUUCACUGGAUGCUGCUAGUCCUCCAGGUUUACCAGUGUAUGAUAAUACAACUAAUAUUCUAUGGGUCAAAUGCAAGGAUGCAUGGGUUGGUUUCACCCAUAUAGUGAUCAAAAAGAAAAUGACAGCAAAAGAAUUUUAUAAUGGUUACCUUUCAAAAAGUCAUUUCAAGGGAGUUAUUUUUACAAGCAAAGCAAAUGGUUUAUUUGAUGGUAGCUAUAUCAAAUGGAUUACAGAAAGACGACCAUCUUGACAAAUAUUAUUACUAGGCUUACUACUUCCAUAAUUCUAUUACUUUAAAGAAAAUCAUAAAAGAAAAAAAGAUAACCGUGAGAAAAAAAUUAAUUCAAGAAAUUAGCUAAUCUUUUUAUAUUUUUUUAUGUUACAUCAUAAUAUGAGCUGUAUUGUUUUAUCUUGGGUUGUAUAAUUUAAUUGACUACUAUAAUUUUAACAGAAUUUUUUUGUUACAUGGAAUUUAAAAUCUAUGCAUUUGUUAUUAUAUUCUGUAUUAACAACUGACAUAAUUUAAAAGACAAAAUAUAUUGACAUAACAUGAGAUUUAUUGAUGUCCACACGUUUUGAAAUUGUAAAGCAGCUGAAAUAACUUUAUGUAACUAUUACCUGUUGCUUAUUCUAAAAAUAGUAUACACAACAGUCCUCACAUGUUAUUUUAUGUAAAUACUGACUAAAUUGAAUUAAAGUGAAUCUUGAAAAUCCUUGUCUUUAUUUUAUAAUACAUUUAAA